CUCCCUUCUCUUCAUGUGAGAAACUGCACUGGACCGAACCAUCAUCAUGCCUGGCCUGAUCAACAAGAGCAAAUGGAGCGCUGUGCCUCUCAGCGUCUCAGACAUCACUUCCUGUGUCAGGGGUUACACCCUGGCAAUGACAGCCUCCUUGACCUAUGAAAACAUAGAAGAUCACCCUAUCGAGGGAAUCUUUAUAUACCCUCUGGAUGAGUGCAGCGUGGUGGUCGGGUUCGAAGUGAUGAUUGGCAGCCAGAUAAUAACCGUGCAGGUCAAAGAUAAAAUGAAAAUCGAUGACUGUUACUUGGAUUUUUGCAAUGCCAAUGGAAGCCCACAAAACGGAGGUGGACAUAUCGUUUUGGAUGAAGAUCAGGAGAGGACAGUGCUGGUGGUCAGUCUGGGGGUCAUUCCCCCUCUGGAGACCAUUAAUAUACUGGUCAGCACCUCCUCAGAGCUCAGCACUCUCCCUAAUGGGGGAAUUCGGGUGAGCUCACCACCCGUCUGCUCUCCAAGAGUCCAGCGUUCUGUCAAAGAGGAGCAGGCGUUUUCACCCAGCACUGCUAGGAGGAGGGAUCAGCAUCACUGUGCAGUGGGAAACCACGAGCAGACGGCCUCAGGAGUGUGUUUGGCUGCUCUGCUGGAGGAAGAGACCAUCAACUCCAUUGACUAUGAGUUUAAUUUCCAGCUUGAGAUCAGAGGGCCGUAUUUACUGGCAGGUGUGGAAAGCCCCUCACACGCCAUCCGGGCAGACGCUGACCCCUCGGCUCGCUCUGCCACCAGCAUUGUGGUCACACUGGCAGACAAGUACACCUACGACUGCCCUGUGGAGAUACUGAUCUACCCCAGUGAGCCCCAUCUGCCACACGUUCUCAUCGAAGAUGGAGACAUGACGCCGGAGGAAUACGAUGAGCAUCUGAAAGGACGGAGCGACUACAUAAAGGCCACCAAGAAGGACUGCAGUAAUGAAACGACCGUGGACAUCAUUCGAAAGAGGCUCCAUAAAGACAUCCUCCACAACCCCGUGGUCAUGCUGAACUUCUGCCCAGACCUCCGUUCGACGACCUCUGACCUGCGGAGCAUUCAGGGGGAAUUCAUCUUCCUCAUUGACCGCAGUGGAAGCAUGAGUGGGGUCAACAUCCGUCGAGUUAAGGACGCAAUGGUUGUGAUUCUGAAAAGUCUUUUCCCAGCAUGCUUAUUCAACAUAGUGGGCUUCGGAUCCAAGUUCAAGACGCUGUUUUCCACCAGCCAGAGCUAUGAUGAGGAGAGCUUGGCGUUGGCUUGUGAGCAUGUGAAGAAGAUCCGGGCUGACAUGGGCGGCACAAACAUACUGGCUCCGCUCAACUGGAUCCUGCGGCAGCCCAUGCACAGAGGUCAUCCUCGCCUGCUCUUCCUCCUGACCGAUGGAGCCGUCAGUAACACGGGGAAAGUUAUUGAGCUGCUCCGCAGCCACGCCAGGUUCACAAGGUGUUACACAUUCGGGAUAGGCCAGGGUGCGUGCAGAAGGCUGGUUUUAGGACUGGCCGCUGUUUCCAGAGGCAUAGCUGAGUUCCUGGCAGAAGGAGAACGACUGCAGCCCAAGAUGAUUAAGUCACUGAAGAAGUCCAUGACAUCAGUACUGACUGACAUCUCCAUCGAGUGGCUGUAUCCUGAGACAAAGGAGAUCCUGCUCUCUCCAGUGGGGAUGACCUGUCUGUUCCCCGGGGACCGGCUGAUUGGAUACAGCGUGGUCUGUGACACCUCCAGAUAUCACUCCAACCCCAAAUCAGACAAACGGAGGCGGUACAGUAUGAUGCGUUCCAACGAGUCGGCCAGUUCAGUGUUCUAUCACUCUCAAGAGGAGGAUGCUGGGAAGGUGUCCUCUGACGGUCAAGUCGGUCAAGUCGGCUCGCUGUUUGACAGUUGCCAGGAGACCAUGUCUGAGAGCAGUCCUGUCGUCACAGAGCAAGACAUUAUGGGAACUGACAUAGCCACCUCUCCACGAAGACGUGCUUACAGCACCAAUCAGAUUGUAGAUUACAACCCCAUGAAGAAGGCCUACACCCCCAGUGACCCCAGCUCAGUGGUGGGCAAAAACCCCCUUAGAAGAGCAAAAGUCCAGGAACUCAUAGGACAGACACAUCCUGACCACGGAAAUCAGUGGAAAAUGGACUACCAGCCACAGUUGGCCAGCCUGUGUGCCACAUCCUCAAGAGGACGUCCCGUUACUGCUCACAAACCUCCAGCGCAGCAACCAGAGGGUCUCCAGGGGGAGUCUAAGGUGGAUCAGACCCAUCCCGGCCCAGUCGUGGAAGACGGCUCCAGGUCUUCAACUGAUCACUGUUCAACUGACAGCCCUUCUUUAGGCAGCACCGGUGAUGCAGAUGGUUACACGCAUCAGCUUUGCGAAGUCGAAACGCCCCAGGAUCCUCACGCGCCGGAAUUCAAGGCCAGUCUGGGAAAGGGAGAUUGCAAAGUGGUCAUAUCAGGACUGCUGUGCGGGAAGCCCAUGAGAUGGGAGGUGGCCUUCGACAUCCAGCCUUACCUGAAAGGCCGAGAGCGGGAGGAGAAAGUUCACGAGGACCUGUGGAACGAAACCUUCCAUCACCUGGCGGGAAGCUCCAUUAUUCAAGACUUUGAACACAUGGCGGAUAAAGAGUGUGAGAUUGAGCAUGGUUCUGGGAGAAGGUACCAGCUUUAUGCCAUCCACACAAGCAAAGCCUGCAACAUCUUGAGCAAAUACACAGCGUUUGUUCCUAUCGAUCUGGACAGCAAUGAAUAUUUGCCCACCUGCAUUGACUACAGCCAUCCCGGGGAGCAUCAUAAACGAAGUUCGCACUGCAGUUCUCGUUCCAGCAGCAGGAAGAACCGUGCUUACUCUGUGGGUCUGGGUCGCUCGCAAUCGGGAGGUUUGCCUGGGCAAGAUGAUGCAGCGUUAUGUUACAACGAUUCAUCCCAACCCCCCUGCAAAACACCCUCAUCCUCCAGCUGGGACCGAUGUAGUUCUUCUGAAGCCUCUCAAAGGAGUUCAUCGGUGACCUCCGACCCCUCGCAGAGAUCAGUCGAGAGCCUUUUCUCUGCCAGCAAGCUGAGCCUGAGCAGGACACGUCUCCUGACGAAAGCCGCCAGGGGCUUCAUGAGCCGGUCGCAGAGCAAAAUCUGCAACUCCAUGGGAGAGAGCGAAAAUGACAACAAGGACUACAUCCCUCUGGUGUCAUUGCAGCUGUCCUGUGGGGCGUUCAUGUUGGACAGUGCCUUGUGUGAUGCCAUCAACGUGCCCAUGGACAAGCUGAAGUGGACGUCGCCCUUCACCAGCCACAGACUCAGCCUUACUCAUGUGUCCCACUCUGGUUCCCGGCGCUCUGAGAGUCUGGAGGUCCACCACGGCUCCUCGCCUCCUCCAAAAGACUUAGACUUCAACUCUGAAUGUGAGGAGUUGGUAUCCCACACAUCUUCAUCCUCAUUCCAGGCCCGGAGCCCUCGGAUGGAGGGCGAGCCUUCGUUGUGGAGUGGCUUCUGGUCAAUGUCGACCAAAGCCCCGCCAUCGCCUAUCAACUCUUUGUAUGACAGCGGACGGGGGUCUGAGACUGAAAUUGCAGAGACAGCCCUGCCGGGUUCACCCGGGAUCCUGCGAAGGGCCGUGCAAGACCCCGAGGGGAUGGUGUGGGCGACUGCUGUUGCUCUGGCCUGGCUGGAACACAGUUCGGCAAGUUAUUUCAUUGAGUGGGAGAUGAUCGCCGCCAAGGCCAGCAUGUGGCUAGAUGAACAGAUCGUCCCAGAGGGCCGAGACCUGGCGUCGGUCAAAGCCGCGGCCAAUCAACUCUUCAUCAUCCUCAGACACUGGGACGAGAACCUGCAGCUCAACAUGCUCUGCUAUAACCCCAACAGCAUGUGAGGCCUGAUAGGGUAGGGACGAAACUUCAAUCUAUGCUAAACGAGGGUUUUACUCGCCUUGAGUUGUUUUAAUGUUUAUUCUGUGGAUUUCGUUUUAGUUUUAUAAAUAGAAAUUGUACCAGUAUUUCAUCAACCUGAAGGCCAGAAACAUACUCCGCACAGGUAUGUAGACGCCAAUGUAUUGCAAGCAUCCUGUUGUAUAUAUGUAACUUGUUUUCUUGCAUUACUGUAGCAGUAACAAACCUAUAAAAGAUCUGUAUCUGUCUCCUAUUGAAAAAAAUAUUACAGUUGUGAGGAAACUGAGCGUUAUUUAGUAUUAUUUAUAUACAGUGUUAUUACUUUUUUUAAUUUAGGAUUUUAAAUUAAAUACAUUUUCUUGUUUUAUUUCAAUUUUACUUUUUGUUAAAUUUUUAGCCAUUUUAAUUUUAGUAGUUUUUUUGUUUUUUAUCUUAAUAUUUAGGUUUAAUGAAUUAAUUAAAAAAAAAAUAUUUUAGUGUUUUAAUGUAAAACUAAUUUCUGUUAUUUGCCGACAUUUGUAAUUUUUCUUUAGUUUACAUUUAACAUAACAUUUUUAUUUGAUUUUAUAUCUUAUUUUAUUACUUUAGCUUUAUUUCAAUGAACAAAAAUGUUUUUAAAGGUUUUCAGUUUUAGUAAAUGAUACUUACCCUGUUGCGACAACAAAAAAUAGACUUAAUGUUAUUAAGUUAAAAUGAUCAGAAAUUAAGUCACAAUUAUUUGUAUAAUUUUUUACAUUCUGAGGUGGAAACGGUCUUGCAUACAAACUUCAGUAAUUGAGAGGGAGUAUUUUUUUAAUGUUUAAUAUUUGUACCAUUCAAUCGCUGUUUUAUUCAAUUGGAAGUUAAUUGGAAUUAAUGGGAGUAAAGAGGUGCAAUAGCACCCCUUGUGGCAACAUUGACAAUGCAUCUUUUAUUUGUUUAAUUCUGAAUCGACACAUACAAAAACUGUGAAAUCGAGUUAGCAUGCUGUAGCUAGAAGUGUUUGCGUUCACAUAUUUGCAUAGAGUAUAUUCCGGGCCAAACACCACCCAAAAAAUGUGCAUGUCUUUGCAAGAUCGUUCGUAUUUUUUCUGUCGUCUCUGAAAUAAUGACGUGCAUAUUGUUUAAAAACUGUCUGGUUGCUGCUUUGGAAAUUUUGUACCAUAAACAUUAAUUGUACGAACCCUUAUAGUGACUUGUUCAUUAGUUUGCGUGGUUGACUGCUACUGUAGCUAUAUGUGGCAUUACAGGCUAUUUUAAGUGUCGGAGGAUCCAGUGACUUAUAAGAUGCAGAUACAUCAUGUAAAGUACAUUCGUUUGCCUUUACGAUCGAUAAAGAUGUCAAAUUGUCGCUGGAACGACACUUUCGAUUGCUUUAAGUGCUCUCCAGUCUUAAGUGCCUAACCCUGCAGAACUUUCUGUACUGUUGAUAUGAACGUUGUACUGUUAGCGCAAUGCGUAAUUGAUUAUUUUUCGAUUUUGCCGAUUACAUUUAUCGCUGUGUAUGUAUAAAUUUUAUGUAUAUGUAAAUAUAUGUUUAAAAAAGUAGCCUAAGUGAGAAAAUGCAAAAGCUAGUGUAUCUCUCGAUAUAUAGCACUGGUUUAUUUCAUUAUCAUGCGUAUUACACCUCAGGUAUUGCUCUUGAGUACUGUUGUCUAAGUAGAUAAAUGAGUGGUUUGUGGAAAGAUCUUUUAUCUCAAGGUUCUUUUGAGAUCAAACCUCUCUUGUGCUCUUGUGACGUGGCAGCUGGUUUGUGAAAAGUGCAUUACGUCAGUCAGUUGUACUAAAUACUUAAGUGUCGAAUUCCCUUCAAGUUAUGUGUACUUGCUAGUGCAAUGCUGGACUCUGUAAAUGCAUGUAAUAAAGUUAAUUGGAUGAAAAA